AAAUACACGUAGGCGAUAUUGUUUCACUGCGGGUGUACUUGUCGGUAAAAAAAAUAGAUUUAUAUCCCUCUUUUUGAGGAGAAAGCCGUACCAGAGGGAUGUGUGAAUUGUAGUGACUGUGAAGAACAUCUGUGUGAAAAGAUUGAUGUUAUGCUUAAGAAUAAUAGGAACAAAACAUAUAGCUGCAAUUGCGUGUGGAUGAAUGUGAUGUGCAAACAUUAUACAGAACACAGUAUGUACAUAUUUCAUCCAAGGAACUAGAAGCUAUGCAUGUUUAAAAAGGUAGUUAGUUUUGUAAUGUUAGACAGUAAGAGUCGAUCGAUAUACUGAUGUGUAAGCACAUACCAGGUAUGUUUCCCUACUUUCGAUUUAGUAUAUAAAUAUACGGAGAUUUUAAAAUUUGAACAAAAAUGUCCGUCAAACAAUACUUAUGCGGUCCCUGUUUGGAGGAGAGAGUCGAAAAAGAGGGCGUUGUGUAUUGUAAAGAAUGUGAGGAACCACUUUGUGGAAAGUGUAAACAGGAUCAUGCAAGGAUAAAGGUUUCCAAGCACCACAAGUUGUGUGACGUUGCGGAGGUACCUCCCCAGGAGAUACAUGAACUUCUUAAGAGGUUGAUUGCAUGUCCGAAUCAUGGCAAGGAAGAAGUGGUUUACUUGUGUAAAGACCACGAUACGACAUGCUGUAAUAAGUGUGCUAUGACUGAUCACAGAAAGUGUGAGGAACUUAAGGUACUUGAUGAUAUUGUGCAUGACACAAAAGCGGAUUGUUCCGAAUUGAAGGCAGUGUUGCAUGACUUGCAACAGCAUGGCGAGAGUCUUUUGGCAAAUGAACGUAAACAUGAAGAAUUGGUAUCUGAAAUAGAAAUUCGAGCGUUGUCAUCCCUCAAAACCAUUAAACAUAAACUAUUAGACAUGUAUGCGCAACUUGAGCAUAAAGUGCUAUCAGCUAUUGCUGAUAAGAAGAGAGUUAUAGGAGAAAAAAUAAAAACAAACAACGAAAAGGCACGUCAGUUUUUGAAUGACAUUAAACAGCAGUCAACUUAUAUUGAACAGGUUGAGAACGUUGGAACGAAUGAACACGUGUUUCUCCUGCAGCGUCAGCUUGAAAAGAAUUUGGUAUGUCGUCUGAAAUCAACCAUAAGUGAAUUGGAUAACGAUAGAAGCAAAUAUAGCUUUAAAUGUGUUGAGGAUACCUCGUUUGAUAGUUUGCUGAUAGCCGUUAAGAAUUCCUUGCGAAUAGAAGAUGAUGUCAACGAAACAGGCUCAGAUACCGACAACAGCAAUAAUAAGCCAUAUACGGCACGGAUUCUACAGCUUCAAUCUACUAAAGAUUUGAGUAUUAUACCCAUGUUUGACAAGACUAAAAGCCUUGCCCCUUAUUCAUGCAUAUGGAUAGAUAAGUACAUUGUCAUAUCUUUACACACACCAAAUGCGCUACUGGUGAUUGAGGAAGACAGUGAUUUUAUAUUAUCAUCAUUCAAUUGUGACUUUAUGCCUUGGUCAGUUUCAAAGACAGGUUCUACGGACAUGUGUGAACAGGAUCAUGCAAGGAUAAAAGUUUCCAAGCUCCACAAGUUGUGUGACCUUUCGGACAUAGCUCCCCAGGAGAAACAGGAACUUCUGAAGAACCUGAUAGCUUGUCCGAAUCACGAAAAGGAAGAGGUGGUUUAUCUGUGUAAAGACCACGAUAAGACGUGCUGUUUUAAGUGUGCGAUAGCUGAUCACAGAAAGUGCGAGGAAGUAAAGGGACCUUCCCAAGUCCUGCAGCUUGUAUUACAUGGGCGGUGGGCAGUACCCAGUGGUGGGUGCUGUCAGUCUGGAUCCCCUGCUGGAGAAGAGCCCAACAUACAUCCCACCUGCACCUAUAACCAAGUUUACAGACCGUGUGUUUUAUGUGUACACAUCUGGAACAACAGGACUACUGCCAUCAUUUUUCACUCCAGGUUCUACUACAUGGCCAGUGCUGUGCACAUGAUGUUGGGACUAACUGAUCAAGACAUACUAUACGACCCUCUACCCCUGUAUCACACAGCAGGGGGCAUUAUUGGUAUGGGGCAGGCAUUUCUAUGGGGGGACCACUGUGGUCAUCAAGAAGAAAUUCACAGCCAGUGGAAUCUGGGAUGACUGUUUGAAA